AUGAACAAUACGACACUAGAAUCGCUAUCCAACGAGUUACUUCUUGAUCUAUUCGAAUUAUUCGAUGUAGUUAAUCUUCUUCGUGCUUUUUCUGGCCUUAAUACUCGUUUUAAUUCUCUACUUUAUACUGAUGUUCGCUCGUAUCGCGUCGAUUUACGCUCAAUAUCAAAAGAAGAUUUUAAUAUUUUAUAUCCCGCAUACCUUCCUUUGAUAUCAAAUCGUAUCAUUUAUCUUCGACUCUCUGAUGAUGAAGAUACACCCUAUCAGUGUAUUUAUUUUCAAUCAACUGGCUUUACGUUGAGUCGAUUUGAUAAUCUUCGUUCAUUAACGUUGAACAACGUUAGUUCAGAUUUGAACCUCAAUCAACAUUUUUUUUCUGACCUUCAUGAGCUUCAUAACUUAACGAAUUUAAAAUUUGCCCAUUGCCGAUUGUAUCAUCUUCAUGUGGAAGACUUUCGAGGUGUCAUUGAUCAAAUUUGGAGUCUACCAAAGUUGACUCAUUUAUAUUGGGAUUUCACUUUUAAAUAUGAACGUCAUUUUUUGAUACCUACUUGCCUAUCAACCUCGUUACAGUACUUAACUAUUCGUAACUAUAAUUGUUGUUCGUAUAAUUUUUCUCGUCUAUUCGAAAAGACACCUCGUUUACGAAAAUUUUCCAUAUCAUCAGACAGUAAUGAAGAUGAUGAUUUACCAAUUAGCCGUGAAUUUCUACCGGCACCUCAGAGUUUAUCCGUAACAAGACUUAUUCUAUUGUCAAUACGUUCACUACCUCUAAUGACUAGUCUAUUUAAAUUAUUACCUAGUAUUACGCGUCUAAAAGUCGAAAUAUAUUCUAUUACCUUAGAUGGACAUCAAUGGAAAGAGAUGAUUGUUAACUACUUACCUCAACUUAGAGAUUUACAAUUUAAGAUAGAUUUGGAUCUUUGUCGUUCGAUUGAUGAUUCAACAAAUGAAGACAAAGUUGAUCAAUAUCUAUCUACAUAUCGUACAUCGUUUUGGAUCGAACAUCAUCAAUGGUUUGUUCGAUGUCAUUGGAGUCAAUGGAAUGAAUAUCUUCGAAUUAGUGUUUAUUCAUUACCGUAUGCGUUCGUUUAUUUUCCUCUUUUCGAUAACGAUCAUAAUUAUCAUACAAAAUCGACUUGUUCAUCUGAUAUACAUCAUUCCUACGAUUCUGUUCGCAUCCUAGGAUAUGAACCAUGGAUGUUUCACGAUGAAGCGUUAUCUCAUAUUCAACUAAUCAAUAUCGAAAAAUUAUCCCUUCAACUUCCUGUUGAUCAGCAGUUUUUCUCAAUAAUUCCUGAUCUUGAAAAUUUACUGUCACUUACUGUAGCAAUUCCGACUGAAAAUCAUCGACUACAAUUACAAGCGUUACUUGAUCGUGCGCCUCGUCUAUUCUCAUUAGCAUUCAAAUUUUGUGUCACUUCUGCAAUGCCACCAUAUCGAUAUACAAGUUCAUCAAUAUGUCGACUUGAUUUACAAGGCUAUGAUCCGUCGCGUCGCCGCCAUCGCUAUGAUAGCAGACAAUGUAUGGAAUUAAGUCGAUCGUCAAUAGGUAUUCAAUGUCGAAUACUAGUCAUUGAAGUAGAAAAGCCCAAGUGUAUUUUGCAAUUAAUUUAUUCAAUGUUAAAUCUUCGAACACUACAUGUUUUCUAUGAAAAUGAUAAACGCAACAAUCAAUAUGAUCUUGUAAAAGUCUUACAGCAUUAUUUACUGUCAACAUGGACAAUUACCAGAUUUUGUUAUGGACAUAUCAUUAUUCAAUCAUGA